CGCCUCUCCCCCGUCCGUCCAUAUUGCUGCAGCCCCCGAGCCGGGAAGCCCGGGCCGCCCCGGCGGCGGGGGGGAGGGAGGAACGGGACGAGAAGCCAGCCAGGCUCCGGGUGGGGUGCCCUGCGAGGAACGGGCGGGGGGGGACGCGCGCCAAGGAGGCCUGGACCGCAGAGUGGGGGGCCUUCCUCCCCCCCCCGCCCCGCCUGUGGGCCUCGGAUCUACGGAGGCUGCAUCCGACCGGGAGGGAGGCCGCGCCUAGCGUGAACCCCAACCCUUCUCCGCAGGGACUGGGGCCCAGCGCCCCGGAGGAAGGCGUCGCGGGCGCUCUGAGAGCCAAGUUCGAGGCGGGGGAGGCCGCCUCUGGCGCGCCCGGCUUCUCCGGGGGGGCGGGCGCGCAGAUGGCCACUCAGGUGGAGCCGCUGCUGCCGGCAGGCGCUCCGCUCUUGCAGGCCGAAGAGCACGGGGGGCUGGUGAGGAAGAAGCCGCCGCCGCCGCCGCCGCCCGAGGGCAAGGGCGAACCCGGGGCGAACGACGUCGGAGGGGGGGAGCCGGACGGCGGUGGCCGCAGACCUCGGCCGCCCUGCGCCAAGCCACACAAGGAGGGCAGCGGGCAGCUGGAGCGCGAGAGCCCGCGGCCUCCUCAGCCGCCCGGCGCCGAGGGCCUGGCCUUCAGCGACGGAGAGGAGGGCGGCGGCGGCGAGCCGGGCGCUGGCGGAGGAGUGGCCGGAGCCGCGGGCGCCGGCCGCCGAGACUUCGUGGAGGCCCCUCCGCCCAAGGUGAACCCGUGGACUAAGAACGCGCUGCCGCCGGCCCUGGCCACUGUGAACGGACAGUCCCUUCCAGAACAUUCUGCUCCGGCAAAGGUGGUGAGGGCAGCAGUUCCUAAACAGCGCAAAGGCAGCAAGGUUGGUGACUUUGGAGAUGCAAUCAACUGGCCCACACCUGGAGAGAUAGCUCACAAGAGUGUGCAGCCACAGCCCCACAAGUCUCAGCCUGCCCGUAAGCUGCCACCCAAAAAGGACAUGAAGGAACAGGAGAAAGGAGAGGGAAACGAUAGUAAGGAGAGCCCAAAAACCAAAUCGGAUGAAUCAGGGGAGGAGAAGAAUGGGGACGAAGACUGCCAGCGAGGGGGUCAGAAGAAGAAAGCCCUUCUUGUGUGCCCAUGCUGUUCUCCAGGGAACAAACACAAGUGGGUCCCAUUGCAAAUAGACAUGAAGCCUGAAGUCUGCAGAGAGAAACUGGUCUCACGCCCUGCUCGCCCGCCAGAGCCACGACACACACCUGCCAACCGCGGGGAGAUCAAAGGGUCUGAGCCUGCCACCUACGUGCCUGUGCCUGUGGCCCCCCCCACCUCAGCCUGGCAACCAGAGACCAAACCGGAGCCUGCCUGGCCCGACCAGGAUGAGACAUCGAGUGUGAAGAGUGAUGGGGCUGGUGGGGCGCGGGCUUCCUUCCGCGGCCGUGGACGGGGGCGUGGUCGUGGCCGGGGACGUGGCCGGGGUGGCACUCGAACCCAUUUUGACUACCAGUUCAGCUACCGAAAGUUUGAUGGUGCAGAGGGUCCUCGAACCCCCAAGUAUAUGAACAAUAUCACCUACUACUUUGACAAUGUCAGUAGCACCGAGCUUUACAGCGUGGACCAGGAGCUACUCAAAGACUACAUCAAGCGCCAGAUUGAAUACUACUUCAGCGUGGACAAUUUAGAGCGAGACUUCUUCCUGCGACGGAAAAUGGAUGCUGACGGUUUCCUUCCCAUCACUCUUAUUGCUUCCUUCCACCGAGUGCAGGCCCUUACCACUGACAUUUCACUCAUCUUUGCGGCCCUAAAGGACAGCAAGGUGGUAGAGAUUGUUGAUGAGAAAGUCCGUAGGAGGGAAGAGCCAGAGAAGUGGCCUCUUCCUGGUCCCCCAAUAGUGGAUUAUUCCCAGACUGAUUUCUCCCAGCUUCUCAACUGCCCUGAGUUUGUACCUCGCCAGCACUACCAGAAGGAGACAGAGUCGGCUCCUGGCUCUCCUCGUGCAGUCACCCCAGUGCCAACCAAAACGGAGGAGGUCAGCAACUUAAAGACGCUGCCCAAGGGCCUGUCUGCCAGCCUGCCUGACCUGGAUUCUGAGAACUGGAUUGAAGUGAAGAAGAGGCCUCGGCCCUCCCCAGCACGACCCAAGAAGUCAGAGGAGCCCAGGUUUCUCCACCAGACCUCUCUGCCUCAGCAGCUGCCCUCUCAGCAGCUGAUGUCCAAGGAUCAGGAUGAGCAGGAGGAACUGGAUUUCCUGUUUGACGAAGAGAUGGAGCAGAUGGAUGGACGGAAGAACACCUUCACCGCUUGGUCUGAUGAGGACUCUGACUAUGAGAUUGAUGACCGGGAUGUCAACAAGAUCCUCAUUGUCACUCAGACGCCACCUUACAUGCGCCGGCAUCCAGGGGGGGACCGCACAGGCAAUCACACCUCCCGUGCCAAGAUGAGCGCUGAGCUGGCCAAGGUCAUUAAUGAUGGGCUCUUCUACUAUGAGCAGGACCUGUGGACUGCAAAGUUCGAACCUGAGUAUUCCCAGAUCAAGCAAGAAGUCGAGAACUUCAAGAAAGUCAACAUGAUCAGCCGGGAGCAGUUUGACACACUAACCCCUGAGCCCCCUGUGGAUCCCAACCAGGAGGUCCCUCCUGGGCCACCCCGAUUCCAGCAAGUUCCCACUGAUGCCCUGGCCAACAAGUUGUUUGGUGCUCCUGAGCCCUCUGCCAUCGCCCGCUCUCUACCAACCACUGUCCCAGAGUCGCCAAACUACCGCAAUGCCAGGACCCCCCGCACACCCCGGACACCACAGCUCAAAGACUCAAGCCAGACACCACGGUUUUACCCAGUGGUGAAGGAAGGACGGACACUAGAUGCCAAGAUGCCUCGGAAAAGGAAGACAAGACACAGCUCCAACCCACCCUUGGAGAGUCACGUGGGCUGGGUGAUGGAUUCACGAGAGCACAGGCCCCGGACUGCUUCCAUCAGCUCCAGCCCCUCAGAAGGGACACCUGCGGUUGGCAGCUAUGGCUGUACCCCUCAGUCACUGCCCAAGUUCCAGCAUCCUUCUCAUGAGCUGCUCAAGGAAAAUGGCUUUACACAACACGUCUACCACAAGUAUCGUAGGCGCUGCCUUAAUGAACGGAAACGCUUGGGCAUUGGCCAGUCUCAGGAGAUGAACACUCUCUUUCGAUUUUGGUCCUUUUUCCUCCGCGAUCACUUUAACAAAAAGAUGUAUGAGGAGUUCAAGCAGCUGGCUCUGGAGGAUGCCAAAGAAGGCUACAGAUAUGGUUUGGAGUGCCUUUUUCGAUAUUACAGUUAUGGCCUGGAAAAGAAGUUCCGUCUGGACAUAUUCAAGGAUUUUCAGGAGGAAACCGUGAAGGACUAUGAAGCUGGUCAGCUCUAUGGGCUGGAGAAAUUCUGGGCCUUUUUGAAAUAUUCCAAAGCCAAAAAUUUGGACAUUGACCCCAAACUUCAAGAAUACCUCGGCAAAUUCCGACGUCUUGAAGACUUCCGAGUGGAUCCCCCCAUGGGUGAAGAGGGCAACCACAAGCGACACCCAGUGGCAGCAGGAGGUGGUGGCGGUGAGGGCAGGAAGCGGUGCCCCUCCCAGUCUUCCAGCAGGCCUGCUACUGUGAUCAGCCAACCCCCCACACCAUCCACUGGCCAGACCACCCGGGAAGAUGCCAAAUGGACGAGCCAGCACUCAGACACACAGACUUUGGGAAAGUGAAAAACCCCUUAGCCCUGGGGGUUUGGCGGGGAAAGGGGGUGGGCAAGAGUCCAUGGGGGCGCCCAGUCCCAGGAGAGGGGACAGAGAAGGGACAGCCCUAGAGUCAUUAGGAUGGGCCUUUGUGCUGAGUAGCAAUGUGUACACCUUUUGGGCUAUCAGAGGUACCCCUGGGCAGGAGCCUCCACAUAUCCCCUUCCCCUCUUCUCUCCAUGACUCUUCUUCACAUCCUAGCUUCUUCUAAGGGGGGAGGGAAAGGGGGGAGAUUUUAUAUAUAUAUAUAUAUAUAUAUAUAUACGUAUAUAUAUCAAGUUUUAAAUUAUUGAUAGUUCAUUUGGAUUACCAAAAUCACUCUGUAGCCCUGCCCACGGCUGAUAGGCCGCAAAGCAACCCUGGUCCCCACCCCACAGCCUCCUGCUCCCCCUCAAGCCAACUAUGCAGCCCAUAAGAAGGCCCUGUGGGCCCCAUUGCCCAGCACUGUCCCAUGGAAGGCUCUGCAGCGCCCCUGGGCCCCACGAGCACCAGCCCCUUUGACAUCUGGGGCUUGCCAUCACCAUGUUCUCUCCCUGCUGUCCCCACCAUGCCCUUCUGCCAUCUUCCGGGAGAAGGAAACCAAAGGAUCUAAAAAGUGGAGGUGGAAGGUUUCGGCCUCUGCCCACUACCCUCUCCCCAUGCCCCUUUCUCCCCAGCCCAGAGAGACGCUGCUCAUACCAGAAAAGACUAUUGAAAGAUGAUUUAUUUUAUUUUUCUCUGACCCUUCCAUGCUUGGGGAAGAAGGAAACAAAAAAACAAAAACAAACAAAAAAAAAGACAAAACCGACCAUAAAAGACCAAAAAAAAAGAAAAUCAGAAAACCCCCACCUAAUCCACAGCAAGUGAUGUUUUUCUCCUACCCUUGGAAUUUGUUUUGUUUUGUUUUGUUUUGUUCUUGGAAAUAAUAUUUUUUUAAAAGUUGCCUUAUUGUGGAGCGGGAAUCUGAAAUGCCCAAAUGCCUGUUUUCCUCGGGGGAGUCAACUCAGAGCUCCCACCUUCUCUGGAUGUGCCUGGGCUGGAUUGACUAGAAUCUUCCUCUGGACUGAGUUGCAUGUACAGUACCUCCGGCCUUGGAGGCGAGAGAGUUGGGGGUGGCUCGAAUGAGAGCCAUGCCCCAAAUAUCCCUGCUGUUGCAUCAUUUGAAGCUGACGUCCUGUGUCUACACUGCUGCCACUGUUGUGUCCUCACUCUGCUUGCUGUUGCCUCACGCCAGGCCUCAUCCCUGCUGUGACACCCUUUUUCCUACCCUUGGAACCCUAGGGCCAAGUUUGCUUCAAACUGUUGGAGAAGAGCGUUGGCCUGGAUCUGGGACACACAUGUCCUCAGUUUGACCGUCUCCCCGCCUCAGAGGGGAAAGGUGAACACUUGGCAGCUGAGGCUUGGAAAUGUUUCUUACGUUGCCCUGAAAGAUCUUUCGAGACCUCAAGGAGGCUUUGUCUCAUAAAAGGUGGAGAAUAAUGCCCUUCUCCUCCGUUGAUUCUGGUGGGUUCUCCCUAUCUUGCACCCCCCUCUGCAAGCCAUCUCUGCCCACUCUCUAAUUGACCCUGCCUGGGAACGAGGGAUGAGGAAAAUGGAGGGCUGGGGAGAACUCUGCCAUUUGGUGAAGCCCCACGGCAGGAAGGUAUAUGUGGACAUAGAGUAUACCUGACUUCUCCAGCCACUGACUGCUUGGGUUGGGCUGUGAAUGACAAUGAAAUGGCUGGAGUCUACAGGCAUUUGAAACUGGGGAAGGUGAUGAAGGACUGAUUCACACAGACUGGGCUGUGUGUUGGGUGCCGGAUGACGAUGCGUUCAUCCCCAGUGGGGACCAGGAAGCACUGAAAAGUUUGUGGUAGUGUUGCUCAAUUGCUGACACUUUUCUUGGCCCUCUUUUUCAACUGCUUCUUCUGUUGGGCCCAAAGGCUGGGAGUAGGCGACAGUAUCCCAGGCUGGCAAGGGCUUGCCUCUGUCUUGAACACCUCAUUGCUUUUGGCCUGCCCCCUCCCUCAUUUCUGCCCUCCCAGUGGCUAGUGUGUUGGGAAACCCAUCUCACUUCCUGUGACCCAAUUGUCUCAAAAGCCAAGAAUGAGUGUGUCCGGUCUUCACUCUGACAGUGGGGUCUGAGGCCUUUCCCUGCCCAGUCUGGUGCCUGCCCCACAUUGUACCAGACACUGGACUCUUGCACCCCCACCUCCUUUUGCUUUGGCUUCUCUUUCCUUCAGGUCGCUCAGCCCUGUACUGUAUCCAGCACCACAGAAACCUCAGUGUUUGUCCUCUGCUGGGUUUGGGGCACAAGAAAGCCUUGCGGGUGUGGGGAGAGGCUGUUCUGAUCUAGAGUUUAUUCCCAGGCCAGGGGGCUGCCCUUCUGCCUGAUCCUUCCCCACAGACACCCUAGGAAGAGGAAGCCCCUUUGAGGUGAGGACGUCAUCUCAACAUAAGGCUGAAGAUGGGGAAAAGGAGACUUUUUUUUCUUUCCUUUUUUUUAAACAUGUUAGGAGUUGAUGUUGCAACGAGUAGUUUACAUCUUCACUUUCUGAAGACACUUGAAUUUAGGACCGAUGUAUCUGUGACAAGCAUGCCAGGAGUGGCAGGGGCUAUCAGGGCUCGCCACUUCACACCCACCAUCCUCUCAUGGGGGUCCAAGAUCUGAGACAAAGAAGCAGCCUGCCCAGAUUCUUCUGUUCAUCCUGUAUCCUUCCAGGAUUGGUCAAUACCAACGCAAUCUUUGGGCAUCGAACAUCAGAAGGUCUGUGUGUCAGCCCUGCUAAGGGGGCAGGUUUCUCUUCCACCGUCUCCUGAGCCUGGGUGCAGAUGCACUACCAGUAGGGGGCUGAUGGGCCCUGCCCAGCCUGGACCCCUGGGGCUCAGGUAGAGGUGCAGAGCCCCAUGUCAAAAUUGUUAAACGUUUUGUUUUGUUCAAUUGUAGCUUUUUCUCCCCCUUUCCUGGUGAUUGAUUUUAGAAAAAAAAAGUAAGCUGCUCAGAAGGCCCUGGAAGUAAGGAGGAAGAACAAGGAAGAUGACUAGCUAGGGAGGGUUGGGGUGGUUUCUUUGCCAAAAGCCUGGGUAAAGGAGUCUGGAUCAUCUGGUGCCCUCCUGAGUGGGACCCCAAAGUAUCUCCUGUUUGGAGGGUCCCUGGACUUGCCCCAGCCCCACCCUCUCCUUCAGCCAUGUUGACGGCAGAGGCAGAGAAGAUAGGAACUUACAGCCCAUUUCUCACUGGAGAGGAAAACUUGUCAUCUGGCUUUGCGGAGAAGGUUCCACCUUAUGCUCAUAGUACAUUAUCUUUACCAUGUGCUAGGAUAUCACAUUUAAAAGGACAAAAAUGUAAAAUACUUGAAUGAGCUUGUAUUAUAACAUUAAUAUUAUUGAGAGUAUCUGCUUUCCAGGCUGAAGUGAUUCAUUCAUUAUUCUAGUCUGCUUUAGUCCUUUGUAAUUUGUGGUAAUUAUGCUUUUCUUUUUAAUACAAAAAAAUGUAUAAAAAUAAAAACUUGAAAAGGCACAAUACUGGCUGGUC